UACCAUGGCAGCUCUGCCCGGGACGGUGCCUCGGAUGAUGCGCCCGGCUCCGGGGCAAAACUACCCUCGCACAGGCUUCCCCUUGGAAGUUUCCACCCCGCUGGGCCAGGGCAGGGUGAACCAGCUCGGAGGGGUGUUCAUCAACGGUCGACCGCUGCCCAACCACAUCCGUCAUAAAAUCGUGGAGAUGGCUCACCACGGGAUCCGGCCCUGCGUGAUCUCCCGGCAGUUGCGGGUAUCCCACGGUUGCGUCUCCAAAAUCCUCUGUAGGUACCAGGAGACGGGCUCCAUCCGUCCCGGAGCCAUCGGAGGCAGCAAGCCCAGGCAGGUUGCGACUCCCGACGUGGAGAAGAAAAUCGAGGAAUACAAACGGGAAAACCCCGGGAUGUUUAGCUGGGAGAUCCGAGACAGGCUCCUGAAGGAUGGGCACUGCGACCGGAGCACUGUGCCCUCAGUGAGUUCGAUUAGCCGUGUGCUACGCAUCAAAUUCGGGAAGAAAGAGGAAGAGGAGGACUGCGACAAGAAGGAGGAAGACGGGGAGAAGAAGGCCAAGCACAGCAUAGACGGCAUCCUGGGUGACAAAGGUAACAGGCUGGACGAAGGCUCUGACGUUGAAUCUGAACCAGACCUGCCUUUGAAGCGCAAGCAACGCCGCAGUCGAACCACUUUUACCGCUGAGCAGCUGGAGGAGCUGGAGAAGGCCUUCGAGAGAACCCACUACCCAGACAUCUACACACGAGAGGAGCUAGCUCAGAGAACCAAGCUCACCGAGGCCCGAGUUCAGGUGUGGUUCAGCAACCGAAGAGCGAGAUGGCGCAAACAGGCGGGAGCGAACCAACUUGCAGCUUUCAAUCACCUGCUGCCGGGGGGCUUCCCGCCGACAGGAAUGCCGACUCUCCCCCCAUACCAGCUGCCGGACUCCACUUACCCCACAACCACCAUUUCCCAAGACGGGGGAAGCACUGUACACAGACCCCAGCCCCUGCCGCCAUCCACCAUGCACCAGGGAGGGCUUGCUGCAGCCGCCGCUGCUGACACCGGCUCUGCCUACGGGGCCCGACACAGCUUCUCCAGCUACUCGGACAGUUUCAUGAAUGCUGCAGCUCCUGCCAACCACAUGAAUCCUGUUAGCAAUGGCCUCUCUCCACAGAAGCAGGGUGCCCAAAACAAGAUGCAGUGCUCCAGGUGGAACCUCACCAUAGCCUUGAACAAUCAGGUGAUGAGCAUCCUGAGCAACCCCAGCGGGGUUCCUCCGCAACCCCAGGCUGACUUCUCCAUCUCUCCCCUUCACGGUGGCUUGGACACCACCAACUCCAUCUCUGCCAGCUGCAGCCAGCGGAGUGACUCCAUUAAGUCUGUGGACAGCCUCCCGACUUCCCAGUCCUACUGUCCUCCCACCUACAGCACCACCAGUUACAGUGUGGACCCAGUGGCUGGCUACCAAUAUGGACAGUAUGGACAAACCGCUGUUGAUUAUUUGGCCAAGAACGUGAGUCUGUCUACACAGCGUAGGAUGAAGCUGGGAGAACAUUCAGCCGUUCUGGGCCUCCUACCAGUAGAGACAGGCCAAGCUUACUGAAGAGUCCAACUGUGCCAACAACCCACUCCAGCAACUUGGUACCACUGGAGAAAACGCCACCAGCCUUCCAGGGAUCUACCUGUACCCGGACCCUAAUCCUUCCCAAUUCCCUUCCACCUCACACCAACUUGAGCUGUGAAGGAGACGGGAAAGAGGGGGAGGGCUCUCCAAGUAUCCGGCUCCUCCCAGAGCACUCUUCUCAGAGGCAAGCCUGGCCUCUGUGACCUGACUCCUCCUGUGGCCAGAGACAACGGGUUGGGUACAUUUAUUAACCCUGAGUUCAUGCCCUCCCUCUAACCUACCUGGCCAUGGCAUUUUGCCCACACUUAAGGACUUUCCAUUGAUCUAGGUAGCUGGCAUAG